GGGUGAGAUAGGAAGGGACUAUUGUAGCCAUCUGAUAAUGAGAAAUAUCCAGUUCAGUUCAUGCAAAAACAAUUCCCAAUGAAGUUGUGCUUUGCAAUGACAAUGAGGUAAAUCCAAAAGUUUACAAAAUGUUGGCAUAUAUUGAAGAGAAUUUGUGUUCUCUCAUGGUCAAUUGUAUGUUGCUUUGUCACUAGCAAAAGCUGUUGCUACUGUGAAAAUCUUGAUUGAAAUAGGAAAGGGAAAUCAUGGUAUCCCCGAUUAUCGGACAAGAAAUGUUGCGUAUCAAGAAUUGUUAACACUUGCAAAGUGUCAUUAACUUGAUGGAAACGCAGCUCACUCCAAUCAAGAAUAUCAAUAGUAGCACAAGAAAUUGGACAGCCAAAGUCAAGGUCCUUGAAAAAUGGAACCCAAGUCCACAUAGCCCAGUCAAGCUUCAAAAGUUGAUCUUAGCUGAUGCAGAGGGAAGCAGAGUCCAAGCAACAAUCAUUGAAGAUGAUAUUGAGAAAUUGGAAGACACUCUGCAAUUUUACAACACAUAUCUAAUUUCUAAUGCAGGCGUCAAAUAUGUUUUGCCGAAGUAUCGUCUCAAUAACUUUGAGUGGCAAUGGACAAUCAAUGCCAGAACAUUGAUUCAAACUGUUGAUGAAUCUCUAUCUCAUGAAAAUCUUCUCAAUCUUGAUUUCGUACCAUUUGAACAGUUUGAACAGCAUGCUGGUGGACAAACAACUAUUGAUAUAUUAGCAGCUGUUGCACGAGUCCAACCUCCCAAGGUUCUUAGUAAACCUGGAAAUCCAAUAGCACAAGAAAUUAUUCUCAUUAAUCAAGAGUUGAAGCCAAUUAUCUUGACCUUUUGGGAUGAUUUCAUAACAAGAGAAGGACAGUUGUUACAAGAUACCAGCCCAUAUCCAGUAUUGAUUGGAAUUCGUCUCAGAGUUAAUACAUACAAUGGUCAUUCAUUGUCAACUCGACCAGGAAGUUGUUUUGUCAUAGAUCCAGACACAAUGGCUGCACAUACGCUGAAAGCUUGGUGCACUGCAAACAAAGAAACUGUUGAGCAGCUUUGUGAUGAAUUCUUGGCUAAACCAAUCCUUCGAAUGGUACCAAAUCCAAAUGAUAAGGAUAUUAUAUGCAUCCCAGAUGUUCCAAAGACACCAGAAAUGGUUGAGAAGAAAAUGUAUUGGAUCCAAGGCAAGAUAUCAAUUGUAUCAUUGAACCAAAACUUCUGGCGCAUGGCCUGCCCCAACUGUCGAAAAUCCAUCAGUGCAAGAGAUGAAGUGAUAUUUGAUUGUUUCAAUUGCAACAGAAAAAAAGUUAUGGCAAAACCAAGUGUGAAAUUUGAAGUUCUAUUGACCGAUGCUUCUGGUUCAAUGACUGCAACAAUGUUUGAGGACUAUGCUGAAGAAUAUUUCUUAGUUGAUGGAAAAAAACUCAUGAAAUUUGCUGCAGAGCAGAAAGACCAAAAUGUCAUUACUGUCUUCCCAAAGUUGGCCUUGGAAAAUGAGUAUCGCAUCCAGCUGAAACCACGAGAAUAUCCUUCACGUGGUGUCAAAGUUCUUGAAUACAACAUCAGCGGCAUUAAACCUGCUGUAACUGAAGAUAAAGCCAAUGAAGAUCCAUUAACAGAGACAGGAAAAUAUUCAUCAGCUUCUUCAGAAGUAACUUUUGAAUCACCCGAACUCGAGCUCAGUGAGCAUACUAAAACGAGCACUAAUCAGGUUAAAACUUAAAAUAUUUUUUUUAAUAUCGUGCUGUUAAACUCAAAUAGCUGGCUUUUUCUAAUGGUUAGUCCCUCUUUUUUGUAACAAGAGCUACUAUGCUUGCUAAUAUGACACGAAGGACUAUAAAUCACCACAACUGUUUCAGACUUUCAGUACUUCCAUUUACACUCCUCUAUACAUGUUUGUUCUUGUGCAUUUGCCAUUAUGGUCCACUAAAAUUUCAGUGCUUUGUAUGUCUCUAUGUUACCAGGGAACUCUAUUACCCUAGCGAAUUACGUAUUGGUACGAACGUUCCAAAACAUGGUACACUGCUGUUCCAAAACGGUAAAUUUAGCGAUCCAGUGCGAUCCCCUUAGUUUUCCCCAAAAUGUAAACCUAUAAUGGUGAAAAUAGAGAGAAUGGAAUUUUGGUGGGUGAAAGUGUAUAAAGUUCAAUCUUUAUACUCCUAGUGUUGAGAAUAUAAAUAAUAAAGUUGCCCCUCUCUCUAAAAGCUUAAAAGCUUAAGCUUUUAGAUGAGUUGGUGGUUAACAAUCUAAUACCUAGAAAUGUGUUUUGUAUGAAUAAUUUGACAAUGUUUAGUUGCACUGGAUAUUAAUCGCUUGGAAGAGUAAGUUCUAGUUUUGUUAUCUAUGGAAGUCUACCGCUAGCGUACCACAAUUUAAGCAUGUGGCGUACCGGGUUUCCAUUCCCGUUCCUCGUAACAGAACAAUCUUCGUUCCUGGUAACAUAGGUAUGUCUUGUCUGUUGUUUGCUGAAUUUAGUGCUGGUUUGCUCCUUGGUACAUAAGCUGUUUUAAUUCUCUUUGUCAAGAGGAUUGAUUAGCUAAUUUCCUUGAAUGUGGAUGUGCUAUUUUAGACCAUACUUUAAGUUUCUCUAUUCGUUUGCCACAAAGGUGGCUUGUUUCAUCUCUUUUUUUUUUUUUCCCUUUCUAUUAUUGUCUUCUCAUGUUUAGACUCUCUUCCUUUCUGCAAAGUUACGAGAAUUGUUUCUUUGCGUUAUACCUUUGUGAUUUCACAAGGAUUCUGCUGGGGAUAACAAAGUAUUUCUUUUCAAAUUACUUCAAGGACAAUUUUUAUCCAAACUUCAAUAUAAUGGAUCCACCAAUGGUAGAAAACGGAUUAGUAGCUUUUCCUGAUCAAAAUGGAUUAGUGACUUUUUUAUUAGGACUCAGCGCGGAAUUAUCUCACUAGUGAUUGUAGAAUCUCUCUGUUUUCUUAGGACACCCCCCUUUUCUUUUUCUUUUUUUGCCGCUUUUGAGAUUGCAUUUGGAUUUUUCUGAUUCAAGUCAACAAAAGACAAGACCAGAAUCAUGUCGUACCAGCGCUGAGGAAACUGGUUGGCUGACUCUCCGCUCUGGGAUUUUCGCUGGCGCAGUUGCUUUGACAGGCAUUGGUAUAUUAGUUUACUUGAAGCGCUCCAACCUUUGAUUUUCUGCUGAUCUACUUAAAAGGGUGAAAAGACAAUAUAGCCACGAAGUUGAUUGUAUGAAUGCUGUAAGGCGUUUACCAGCGUCUUAGGAUGUUUCCUAAAGAUUGGUUUAAAUGAAGCUGAAGAUGGAAAGUAGCUAUUGUCCUCUCGUAGCCUUGGAGAACUGAAGAUUGAAUGUUUUGUCUAUGAUAGGAGAGGGAAGCGGGUGGGGGGGGUGGAAUCUACGCAAGCUAGAGAAGCUUUUUUCUUUUGGUCUAGUGAUUGGUGUAAUAGUUAUACCGACAAUACUGGAGGUUAAUUUGGAGUGGGUGAAACCUUGGAUCAUGUAGCUAGUGUUUUGGAACGCAGAGUUCUUGAAAAAACAAAAACUUAAUUACACAACGUUCUUAAUUUGCAAAGGCUGCAUAUACUGUGAAUGUGAAAUGGUGCUGGUUUAAGUCUGCCUGAAGAUUAUGGCAAUCGAAAUUUGCCAAUAGGUUUCGGAGAUUCAGAUUAAGUUAAAUCCUGUAUCAUGGUACGAGCUAGUAUUCGUUUUCUUUGUCACGAGAAACUCCUUUGGGGCUGGCUGCUGGAUCCACUAGGAUAAAGUUCUGAUACCGAUAACUACGAACAAAUCAAUUGCAGUUUUAUGGUAAUAGACUCAGUGUUAGUAUAACAUUCUUUUUAAUUGAGGUGCUUAAAUGUUAUAUUUAAUAACUUAAGGGCUAAAGUGCAUUUUUUUUAAGAAGUUGUGCAUGUGUGCCGUGUGUUGUUUGUGAGUGUGUUUCAUUAAUAAAAAAAAAAAAAAAGAAAGAGAACAAACCCAAAGGAAGUUCUGAUUUCUACGUUAGAGAGAGAGAGAGAGAGAGAGAGAGCAGCGUGGAGAAGAGGAGGAAGAAGAAGGGGAAAAGAAGAAGAAAAUUAGGGUUAGGUUGAUUGAAGCUCAAUUAGGUGACGAGUCGGUGAAUCAAGGAGCACCGAAACCAUAGUUGUACUUUCUUUUGGAGUACGAGUUUUGCAGGCGUUGUAGAUAUCCACUGCUGAUCGUCGUGGGGUUGUACGCUCGCUUAGGGUAGCAUGUCGGGAAGGUUGGACUAGUUUGGCAAAAUUUUUUAGAUAGGGAUGUAGUGUAGCCGAUGUUUAUAUUUGGUUCAUUGUAUAGUUUAAUGUUUUCUUAAAACUUUCGCUGUGUUUGUAAGAACGUUUAAGUUUUGCUUUAUCAAUAAAAUGGUUGUUGGUUAA